UCAUUAAUUAAUUACUAAUACUUAGUUUUAUUCUCAUUAUUAUUAUUAUCCCAUUCUAUUUUUGAGGCUAAAAAUUCAAGCUCUAUCUUCUCACUCAGCCCAUACGUCCUGCUCCAUAUGUUUGACAUAACCCACUUCAGAUCCAAACCCGUGUCCGAACCAGUAUAACAGUACCUACGCCGCCGUCAUUGCUUUCACAGCAGCACCGCCACGUCCUGCUGCAGUCCGUUUCUAUGAAACCCUUUUCGCACUGGCCUUGCCCUGUCACUAGCUAAUUAUGCUCUCUGUUCUUUGUAAAUGCAAGCAAAAGAGCCCUAAUUGUAAUUUACAAUUCUUCAGAUCCUUGUUUAGCAUGGAAGUAGAAGUGAAACUUCGUCUCCCAAAUUUAAACGCCCAUCAAAAGCUCUCAACAGUCCUCUCUCCUUUCCACACCAAAACCCUAAUGCAAGAAAACAUCUUUUUCGACACCAAAAACUCCCAUCUCUCAUCAAGCCUCGCAGCUCUCCGCCUCCGUUUCUACAAUCUAGAUUCUCAAUGCGUCCUCUCCCUCAAAGCCAAACCCGUAAUGUCCAACGGAAUCAGCCGCGUGGAGGAACAAGAAGAGCCUCUCGAUCCACAAAUUGGACGCUUGUGUGUUGCUGAGCCAUGGCGGUUAAGAUCGUUGCAGAGCUCAAAUAUAAUGGAUAGAGUUAGAGAGGAAUUUGGAGUCAAAGGGAACGAAGAAUUUGUUUGUUUAGGUGGAUUUAGGAAUGUAAGGCAAGUGUUUGAUUGGAAAGGAUUAAAAAUGGAGCUUGAUGAGACUAUUUAUGAUUUUGGGAUAAGUUAUGAACUUGAAUGUGAAAGUAAAGAACCUGAAAGGGAUAAGAGAUUGAUUGAAGGAUUGUUGACGGAGAAUGGAAUAGAGUUUUCCUACUCAAAAUUUAAUAAAUUUGCGGUGUUUCGAUCAGGGAAGUUGCCCCAGUAAAGGAGAAGUGAUAAAUAUUCUGGGGUUGUAUUAUCAUUGAACUAGUAUGUAUUCAACAGUUUGAAAUUUAUUUCGUAAGAAAUAUUACUUAUUUCUUGCUUCA